AUGCGAAGAGCAAUCGCUGUAAGCCAGUUAAUAUCAGUUGAAAGUGGAACGAAGUUCGGUACAAUGGGUACUGGCAACGGCAAACCGGAAGUUUUUUCAAAGUUCGAUCCGACUACUGUGAACAUUGGAAUAUUGGAUGUAGCUAGAGAUUUGUGUGCUGAAUAUUUGGGUGGAGCGUGGAGUUGCAUCGAUAGUGCGCAGAUCGUUUUGAAGAAGUUGAGUGGCGGUCUCACGAAUUUAGUGUUCCUCUGUGAGCUUUCUCAAGAUGUAGCUACUGUUGCGUGUGAACCAAGAUCGGUCCUGCUUCGAAUUCAGACCCAGUCUGACAGUUUGCAGUUGAUGAGAGAAGUUGCCAUAUUCAUGAAUUUAAGCGCUCAUAGCUUUGGACCAAAUCUCCUUGCCGUAUUUCCUGGUGGCCGAAUUGAAGAGUUCAUUCCAAGUCGAAAUCCUGGCAAAGAAGAAUAUCUUAGUGAUAGGCUUUUUCCACGUAUUGCGGAAAUGCUGGCCAAGGUACAUGCAAUCGAAAUGCCGCUGCCAAAGUCUCCACAAUAUGUACCGCUUGUUCAGUCUUUGUUAAUCAAAUGCCGCAACUACGGAGCACUGCCAAUACAUUUAGAAAAAGCUGCGAUACAUGAUGAUUUAGAGUUCCCUGACGUCAUUACCAUGGAUGAUCUUGAACACGAAUUUGAAGAGAUUAAAAAGUUUCUCAUUGAACAAGAAAGUCCCUCGGUGUUUUGUCAUAACGACCUUGUGCCGUCAAAUGUUCUGCUGAGAAAUGUUGAUGCGAAUGACCAAGAUGAAAGUGCUGAGGUGGAUCCAGAACGUUUGGUUUUGAUCGAUUUUGAAUUUGGCCUUUACAAUUACCGCGCCCUUGACAUCAGCAACAGUCUGGCAGAAUGCGGCAUGACCUAUGGUGUUGAUAAACAUCCAUUCUAUGAAGUGGACCUUGAUUUGAUGGAAGAUGAGAAAUUGUCGCGC